UCUACUCAACUUUAACUCAGUCACUGGUAAAUGUUGUUUAAAUAUCAUCACAAAUGCAUGCACGUGAAGAGAGGAAAAGCAGAAGUUAUGAAUACAAAACACGUGGUCAGAGUGUGAAAUCCUUUUCCUUAACUUUCUUCACUGUCACUGUGUUACCACAAUAAAUCUUCUAAAACUAAUUAAAUCAAAAUCUUAGAGUUUCUAUGAAAUGUAUUGUUAUUGGUACAACCAGAACACUGUAGUUCCAUUUUAUCAUGGAAUAUAGUUUUAUGUGUUUUUAUCUGUGGUUCAUUUGGUGGGUAUUUGUUCCCUGCAGUUUGGUAAUCAGCAUUAGUUGAUUAGGAUGGGAGCACUGUCAUUUCCAUGUGUUUAUACAUUAAUAAAUUAAACUUUUAUCUGCCCUUGAAGUCCCUUGUGAUUCUCUAAAGGUCUUUUCUCUUUCAACAGGCUUUAUUUACAUUUGGUGAGCAUCAUUGUUUUAAUCUAAAAGAGUAAAAUGGGACCUCAUUUUUUAUCUCCCAGAGUAAUAUGUGGAUGUGACUAUGAGUUCUUGUGGACCUCUUUAGAUUUUAUCUGUGCUACCUUCUUAAAUCACAUGUGGGUCUUUUUUUCUUGCCACACUCAGUGGUGAGUAUGGGCGGGAGCAAAGCAGCUUUAGUUCUCGGGAAAAAAAAAAACAUGAGUUCCAGGAAGAAGCGCGCCUGGCUUUCUCCUGUUUGGUCGAAGCUUUUGGCUUCUACCUCUUGGCAACAUGUUCUUCAAACUGUCCUGAAGCAGUGAAACUUUUGUUCACACGCUGUCACCAUUUGGACAGGAAAGGAUUGGUCCUGUUUUUUGCAUCUGACUAGUCCUGACUAGUCCCUGCAGCAGCUGACAUUUAUUGCUCAGCCUGAAAUCAAGACAAAACAAAUUUCCACUCAAAUUCUGCAUAGAAACUCUACUUCCUCAUCAUCAAAUAAUGGAUUAACGUUCUGCGUCAACAGUUUGUCAAUGUCAAAAUGAUAACAUGAUUUGGAUCCUCUUCAUUCUGACCUCCUCUGUCUGUGGGAUACUAGUUGUGAAAGGGGCUCAGACCUUCUAUCAGGCAGAGGAGAACGAUAACAUCACAAUAAAAUGGGACAGUCAGACAAAAACUGACAUGUCUCACACCAACCUCGACUGUGUUCUUCAGUCAAAGCCCGUUAGGACUUUCUAUCAGAUGAAGAACGGUGUUGAGGUCCCAGAGUCUCAGGAUGAGCAGUUUGCAGGUCGGGUGCAGUGUGAUGAAGAUGCUCUCAGAGAAGGACGAAUCAGACUUCAUCUGUCCAGAGUCACAACUGAUGACUCUGGUGAUUACUGGUGUGAUCUGGCUAGUUACGAUAAGAUUCUGAAGAGAUGGGUGCUGAAGGCCUCUGAACAUUUUGUUGUGAAUGUGACCCAAACCUCUCGCGGGGAGAACAGUGACGUGUUCACCAGCACACCUGGACGAGCAGGUGCAAAACACCCUCUAGGAGGUCCAGAGCAGGGACGAGGUCGAUCCUAUUUGACCAGCCUUGGACCAGCUCUGGCAGCUCUAGUAUUUUACAGUCUGUAUCUGAUGGCCCCUGCUCUGAGACAUCUAAACAUUUGUACGUUGACAUCAACAACAAAAAGAUCAAAAUCAAGAUGGACGUUGAAUCAUUUCAGCCCAGUUUGAGCUCAGUCAAGUGAAAAUGUUAUGUCCCCACCUCAAACUGCUCCAAUUGUGAAUGGACAUGGCACAAAUAAUCAGAUAGUCCUGCUCCACUUGCAACUUGGAUCACAGUGGGUGUCAGAAGAUGCAAAAUGGUUACGGCGCUUAACAUUAGUAGUUUUAAGCUAAUUAACACAGUUGGCAACUUUGAGCCAAUGAUCAUGUUUUUUAGUCUGUCAGUCUCCAGACUUUGAGAAAUAAUGUGAAGUAGGCUGCUUGAACCAAUUAGGACCAAAACUUUAGACUUGAGUUCAUUAGAGUGACCAAUAACAAUGAUGACCAAUCCAAUAGUGAGCGGGAAUUCAAAGACAAAAAAAAAGCAGUGCUAAUAGUGUUUGUUGUUGUUGCUUUGUUGGUCAAACUUUAUACACAAAUAUACUGGUUAAGUCUUAAGUCACCUUGAACAUUAAGAGUCAAGACUCACAGUAGUUAAGUGUCAAGUUUACAGCUCAGGUUAAAUACAGUUAAUAUGCCUGGUCCUUGUCUAACCUUCCAAUAAUUUGCAGAAACUUAAAACACAAGUAAACAAGAAAUUCUGGUUUACUGUGAUCUACAAUCUCUGCAAGUUUUGCAACACUGAUUAAAAAACUGACAAGGUUUUCAAACUUGUGCUCCGAACCAACAUUUUUUGCAUGUUUGACCCAUGUGACACUUUUAAUGUUGACUAGUCUUGAAUGCUUGUAUUAUGUAGUGUUUUUGUAUUGUAUAUUGUUGUAUAUUUAUAUAUAUUGUACAUAAUUCAUAUAUUAUAUAUUUAAUGUACUUGAUUAAUAUGUUUUCUUCCCUUCAGACUGCACUUAGAAACUUCAACAGAGUUGUCUCAUCAUGUGUUAUUGUUGUCAGCAGUGUUGGAAGAAGCAGUCAGAUCCUGAAGUACACAUUAGCAGUAAAAUGUAGUUAAAGUAUUGAAGUAAAAGUACUGGUUUGGUCCCUUUGACUAAAGCUGUCACAUAAAUGUGGUGGAGUAGAAGUAUAGAGAAGCAUAAAAUGAAAAUACUCCAGUAAAGUGCAAGUACCUCAAAGUUGUACUUAUGGACAGUACUUGAGCAAAUGUACUUAGUUACUUUCCACCACUGCAAAUAUUCAACAUGUGAAUUGUGUUUCAUCUUCAUCUCUUUGUUUUAAUCAUAAUGAAUCACAGAAUGAAUGUGCUCAUGUCCACUGGAAGUCCUGUUAUGUCAACAUGUACAAUACAAUACCAAGAUUAUCAUGAAGAUACUGAGCUAUUAUUUCAUUCCAAUCAGAAUAAAGUCCAGUGAGUAGGCAGCAGCUUUGUGUCUUUUAUACUUCAAACUCAACAGAACACACAUUCAGUAGCAAGAAAUACAACCAGACUGGCUGCAGAUCUUUUACUGUACUGUCCCACUGAUUGGCCCAAAAGAUUACAGAUGUCUCAUUUUUUGUGAUCCUCAAUUUUAAAGCCGAAAGAAUAAGUGUAAGGAAUGUAACCACUGAAGUCUGUAUUUAUGAAAUUUAACAAUAAAUCACAUUGCUACUUGAAGUUAUACAAAUUUGUGAGCAUUCAGCAUUCAAUUUUAUGCAUUUGUAGGCUACAGGCCUACAGCAGUGGUAGGCAAAUAGCAG